CUUACCGUCGCCAUGCUACUGGCGGUGGCCCCGGAGCGUACCGAUGGCCGCGUCGCCUUCGAGAAGCUGACGGACUUUGACUUCCAGGGCACCACGUACUACAGUGUGAAGAAUCUGUCGCUGUACGAGUGUCAGGGCUGGUGCCGAGAGGAACCGGACUGCCAGGCGGCUGCCUUCAGCUUUGUCGUGAACCCGCUAACACCCGCCCAGGAGACACUCUGUCAGCUGCAGAACGUGACGGCGGCCAACAAUCCGGCCAGCACGCCCCAGCGCUCGUCGAGUAUGUACUACAUGGUGAAGCUGCAGCUGCGCUCCGAGAACGCCUGCCAGCGGCCGUGGAACUUUGAGCGCGUCCCGAACAAGAUCAUCCGCGGGUUGGACAACGCCCUCAUCUACACCAGCACGAAGGAAGCGUGCCUGUCGGCGUGUCUGAACGAGAAGCGCUUCAUCUGCCGCUCGGUCGAGUACGACUACAACAACAUGAAGUGCGUGCUGAGCGACUCGGACCGUCGCUCCGUCGGCCAGUUUGUGCAGCUGGUCGACGCGCAGGGCGUGGAUUACUUCGAGAACCUGUGCCUGAAGCCGGCGCAGGCGUGCAAGUUCAACCGCCAGUUCGCGCUGCCCCGCGUCGGCGUGUCGGACGACAAGGUGUCGCAGUACGUUGGAUUGCACUAUUACACGGAUAAGGAGCUCCAGGUCACGUCGGAGACGGCCUGCAAGCUGGCGUGCGAGAUCGAGAGCGAGUUCCUGUGCCGCUCGUUCCUGUACCUCGGCCAACCGACCGGCGCCCAGUACAACUGCCGGCUGUACCACCUGGACCACAAGUCGCUGCCGGAUGGCCCGUCGACCUACCUGAACGGCGAGCGGCCGCUGAUCGACGUCGGCGAACCGAGUGGGGACUACUUCGAGAACAUCUGCGAGAAACAAACGAACCAACAGGACCCGACGCUGACGGUCGAUUUCUCCACUGCCGAAGAUCCGUCGAUCAACAACCUCACGCGCAACGAUGCCAACUGCGACAAGACGGGCACCUGCUACGAUGUAUCGGUGCACUGCAAGGACACCAGGAUUGCCGUUCAGGUGCGCACGAACAAACCGUUCAACGGGCGUAUCUACGCGCUAGGCCGUUCGGAAACCUGCAACAUCGACGUCAUCAACUCCGACACGUUCCGGUUGGAUCUGACCAUGGGCGGACAGGACUGUAACACACAGAGCGCCACCGGCAUCUACAGCAACACUGUCGUCCUGCAGCACCACUCGGUCGUGAUGACGAAGGCGGACAAGAUCUACAAGGUCAAGUGUACGUACGACAUGAGCUCGAAGAACAUCUCGUUCGGCAUGCUCCCGAUCCGCGACCCGGAGAUGAUCCACAUCAACUCGUCGCCGGAAGCGCCACCGCCAAGGAUCCGCAUCCUGGACGCUCGCACCCGCGAAGUGGAGACCGUGCGCAUCGGAGACCGCCUGACGUUCCGCAUCGAGAUCCCGGAAGACACUCCGUACGGUAUCUUUGCGCGCUCAUGCGUGGCCAUGGCCAAGGACUCGAAGAGCACGUUCCAGAUCAUCGACGACGAUGGGUGCCCGGUCGAUCCGAGCAUCUUCCCUGCGUUCACCCAGGACGGCAAUGCGCUGCAGUCGAUCUACGAGGCGUUCCGCUUCACCGAGAGCUACGGUGUGAUCUUCCAGUGUAACGUCAAGUACUGCCUCGGUCCGUGCGAGCCUGCAGUCUGCGAAUGGGGCCGUGAUUCCGUCGAGUCCUGGGGCAGGAAACGCCGUUCCGUCUCGAGCAACGACACGGUCGAGGAAGAGGAGGAGAUGAACAUCUCGCAGGAGAUCCUGGUGCUUGACUUCGGCGACGAGAAGAACCGUGACUUCCUGCGCAGCGAAGCCAGCACCGACUUCGGUCGAGACAAAACGGUGACCAUCAUCGAGCCGUGCCCAACGAAGACGUCGGUACUGGCGCUGGCCGUCACCUGCGCGCUCAUGGUGUUGGUGUACCUGUCGACGCUCUUCUGCUACUACAUGAAGAAGUGGAUGCAACCGCACAAAGCCAUGGCAUAG